AUGCCAAGUCCGAAAUCAAAAAGUCCAAGUCCUAAAAAGAAUGGUGAUAAGAAGUUGGCAGAUGAUAUUCCCGAUGAAGAAGAUGAAAUUCUCGUACCGGUACCAGAGGGUGUUAUGCACAGACGAAUGCGUUUUCUAUUAGAAACAAAACUGAAAACUGAUGUAGAAUUUAUAGUGGGUCCUAAACAUGCUCAGUCAAGUAUAAAAGCGCACAAAUGUAUGCUAGCUGCUGAAAGUCCAGUCUUUGAUAAAUUAUUUGUUGAAUGUGAUGAAUGGAAAGUUAGUUUGAUUAGAAGAAAUGAAGAAGACUCAAGAAAAGCUACAGGACAUGGAACUGAAAUGGAAUUAGCCCUACAAAGACCUGACUCACAGACUUCUAAGUUAAGUUCUGGCAUAAAAAGUACCCCUGGAAAAAAAGAUAGUCCGGAGAGAAAAAGUCCUGAUAAAGAGUCACCGAAAAAAAGCUCCAAAAGUGAUUCGAAACAAAGCUCAAAAGAAAAACGUCCCAAGAAAGUUAGUCCGAAAAAAUCAGUCAAAGCAUCACCAGUUACAACAUGUGGUGGUGACCCGACAGCAACUAACAUAAAUUUCUACAAGGAUGAAGUGAUUGGAGAAGAUAUCAUUCAAGUUAAAGAUGUGAAUCCACUAGGAUUUUAUAGGUUAUUGAGGUAUAUAUACUACGAUGAGAUGGUGUUCACUGGGGUAGUUGGAACAAUCAGAACAUUAUACGCUGCAAGAAAAUAUUGUUUUUAUGAUUUAGCUCGUGCAUGUGUCAAUUAUCUAGAAAAUAAUGUCUGCAUUGAACAUGUAUUAAAACUAUUACAAGCAAGUUUUGAUUUUAAUCAGCCAAGAUUAAGAAAUUUAUGUAUGCGACUUAUAAUCAAUGAUACAUUUGAAGUAUUAAAACGCAAAGAAUUUAAAGAUGUGCAUAAAGAUAUAAUUGUACAAAUAUUAAAACAAGAUGCAUUGAAUAUUCGUGAAAUUGAAUUAUUUGAUCAAGUUAUGCAUUGGGCUGAAAAUGAAUGUGAACGUAUUGGUAUACCAAUGACAGCAAUGAAUCAACGUAUUGCUCUAGGGAAUCAUAAUUUUGCUUAUAUAAGAUUUCCAACUAUAUUACCGCAUGAAUUUGCAACGCAUAUUGUUGAAAGUGGUGUUUUAAAAGCGGAUGAAAUCAUCUCGAUAUUACAAUAUUAUAUUACAGGAAGAAAACCUGCUGUUCCAUACUCAUGUAAAACUCGACGUCGACCUUGUCUAGAUCUGACACCACUGGAUAAUACAAGUGUAGCAUUCUCUGAACAAACUGAUGUAACAUUUCUUGUCUUUACUGACAACAUUAGACGUGCUCAUAGCUUUCGUGAUCUAUAUAUACCAGAAGGUGUAUUUUCUUCACCAAAAUAUAUACUUAUUAAACAGCGUCAAAUUACUGGUUCACCUCCGCCAAGAUUUAAACUUACGGAUGAUGAAUAUGCAGCAGUUGAUGCAAAUAUUAAACACUUGGCCAGACUACACCAUGAAAGGGAACAUUUCGAAUAUGGAAAACGUCAUAUGGCUAUUAUGGGAUCACAUUACAUAUAA